GCGGCUGCUUCACUUCCACUCCCCGCUCCCAGGAAGAGGCUCGGCGGCUCAGAAAGCCCCAGAAACAGGCGCUAAACCCGGGCAGAGGGAGAUCCAGAGGCCGGCGUGUGGCGGCGAUGAGGACGCCGGUGACGGAGCGAGUCCACCCGCGGCACCGGAGCUGUUUUCGGGGCUCGGACGCGGAGCUGUGAGCGGCGGCUCGGUGUCAUUGUGUGCUCGUGGCGCAGGAUGCCUCCGCGGCCGCACGCGCUCCUCCCGCUGCCGUUAAGCGUCGUUUUUUCCCGACACGGACCGUCCGUCCUCUCCCGUCCGACGGACGCUUCGCUGCUGAUUCCCGAGGCACACCGUCCACCAUGCUGCGCGCUCGGUGUCCAUGAAAACUCUCAAUGAAAACAACAAGGAGGAGGAGGAGGAGGAGAAGGAGGAGGAGGAGGAGGGGUCCGGCUGCAACGCCAUGGAGGACAAGGAGAACAAUCUGAGGACGGCCCGGCUGUGGAGGGAUGCCGCCCUGCGCUCCAGGAAGCUGCGGAGCGACCUGCGCCAGCUCACCCUCUGCUCCAAAGACAACCAGAUCAUCCUGCCGGAGGACAUAGCCGAGAUCGAGGUGCUCAACCUGGGCAACAACUCCCUCCAGGAGCUGCCAGACGGGCUGGGAUCCACCCUGAACAACCUGCGCAUCCUGGUCCUGCGCAGGAACAAGUUCACAGCUGUUCCCCGCGUGGUGUUUGAGCUGGUCCAGCUGGUGGAGCUCGACAUGAGCCACAACUGUCUGAGGAGCUUCUCUGAAGGCGUGGGUCAGCUGAAGGGGCUGAAGAAGCUGUGCAUCAGCCACAACAAAAUCCAGCAUCUGCCGGCUCAGAUCGGAGCGCUUCAGUUUCUGGAGGAACUCGACAUCAGCUUCAACGACCUGCGCGACUUCCCCAGAACCUUCUCCAGCCUGGCCAAGCUGCGGACUCUGGAUGCAGAUCACAACAAGCUGAACCAGUUCCCCGCUGAGAUCCUGGCCCUCAGCGAGCUGGAGGAGCUCGACUGCUCCGGGAACAAGUUCGAGACGUUACCAGCCGACAUGGUGAGGCUGCGCUCCGUUAAAAUCCUGUGGCUCAGCAGCCUCCACAUGUCCACGUUACCUGACACCUUCUGUCACCUGCAGCACCUGGAGAGCCUGAUGCUGGACGGGAACAACCUCACAGUGCUGCCUCCUGCGUUUGGUCAUCUGCAAAGACUCAAGAUGAUCAACCUGUCCUCCAACGAGUUUGAGAACUUCCCCCAGGAUGUUUUGAGCAUCACAGGACUGGAGGAGCUUUACCUGAGCAGGAAUAAACUGACUCAUAUCCCCGAGGAAAUCGGGCAGCUGGUGAAGCUGGCCAACCUUUGGCUGGACAACAACAACAUCACAUAUCUGCCGGACUCCAUCGUGGAGCUGGAGAAGCUGGAGGAGCUCGUCUUACAGGGUAACCAAAUAGCCAUACUUCCAGAUAACUUUGGGAAGCUGUCUAAAGUGAACAUUUGGAAGGUGAAGGACAACCCGCUCAUCCAGCCUCCGUACGAGGUGUGCAUGAAGGGGAUCCCUUACAUCGCAGCCUAUCAGAAGGAGCUCGCGCUUUCGCAGCUCGCCGUGAAGCCGCGGCUCAAACUCGUCCUGAUGGGGACGAAAAACGCCGGGAAGACCCGGCUGAGGCAGAGCGUGGUGAGCACACAGCGGGACGUGACGGGAAUCCAGGGACACAAAGGGAUCGACGUCACUCACUGGGUGGCGGACGCCGAUCGCUGUCUCACGUUUCUCGUGUACGAUCUGUCAGGGAAGCAAAACUACGACCUCAUCAAACCGUUCUUCCUCUCCCCCGGUGCUCUCUACGUCCUCGUCGUGAAUCUCAAAGCAUAUUCGCCCAAGAACUUUUACGCCCACGUCGGGUAUUUCCUCCACCUCCUCAGUGCCAAAGUCCCCCACGCUGUUGUGUGCUUGGUGGGCACACAUGCAGACCUGUGUGGAGAGGUGGAGGUGGAGGACAAGAGUCUGGACAUCCACAGACAGAUCGGCCAGCAGGAGAAGAAGGACGUCCAGAUCCUGAGGAGUCUGGCUCUUCAGGUGGAUCAGGCACUGGAGCAGGGUUAUAACGUCCGCUCCUCCAGCCCUCACGUCCUCUUCUACGGAGUCUCCGACAGGAACCUGAGGCGGAGGAAGUCCCAGCUGCAGUACAUGCUGAACCACCGGCUGCAGAUCUUGUCUCCUGUGCUGAGCGUCAGCUGCACGGAGACCCAGAGGAACAUCCAGAGGCUGAGGGAGAAGCUCAUGUCUGUCGCAGACCACCGGGAGAUCUUCCCCAACCUCCACCGGGUGCUGCCGAAGUCCUGGCAGAUGCUGGAGGAGUUGCACUUUAAGCCCAAAGAUCUUUGGCUCUCGUGGUGGGACUCGGCCCGUCUGGGCCUGCAGGCGGGGCUCACGGAGGACCGGCUGCAGAGCGCCUUGUCCUACCUGCACGAGAGCGGGAAGCUGCUCUACUUUGAGGACAGCCUCACCCUGAAGGAGUACGUCUUUCACAAUCUGCCACGAUUCAUCGCAAUUCUCAACGUCUUCUUUCAGAGGGACGAGUCCACGCUGUUGGACAGGCUCCUCUCUGAGGGAGAGAGGGGGGACAAGGGGAGGGUGAGUCUGGUUAUAGAGGACGAGAAGGGAGAGAACCUCAGGGUGACCCAUCUGCAGCACCACGUGGAGGGCUUCCUCCAACACGGCCUUUUACCCUCCAACGUCAUCCGCCUGCUCCUCAGGCCGCUCAUCCAGACCCAGCAGGACCUCCACCUCAUCAUGGAGCUUCUGGAGAAGAUGGGGAUCUGUUACUGCAUCAACAAACCUCGCAGCAAGCCUCUGAACGGAGCCACGGUGUGGUACAAGUUCCCCAGCUACGUCAGCAGCGAGGUGCCCCGGGCGGAGGCGGAGACCUCCACUGGCGGUGGCAGCGGCGCUCUUCCCGCCUGUCACUUCUUCUCCGUGGAGCAGCUGCACAUCCAGUACAGCUUCCCCUUCCUGUUUCCCCCCGGACUGUUCGCGCGCUUCAGCGUGCAGAUAAACAGCCACGUGGUCCAGAGGUCGGACAGCCGGCAUCAGAUCUUCGCCUAUCGAGGUAAAGUCCCCGUGAUGGUCAGCCACCAGCCCGCCAAAGGGAAGCAGCAGGUGGAGACUCUGUCCAUCGCCAGCCACGCCUCGCUGCCCAACAUCUGGACCGCGUGGCAGGCCGUCACGCCGCUGGUGGAGGAGCUGAACGUGCUGCUGCAGGAGUGGCCCGGCCUGAACUACUCUGUUCAUAUUCUCUGUUCCAAGUGCCUGAAGAGAGGGUCGACCAGCCCGCACGCCUUCCCAGGUGAGCUGCUGAGCCAGCCUCGGCCUGAAGGUCUGACUGAGAUCGUCUGUCCAAAGAACGGCUCUGAGCGGGUCAACGUGGCUCUGGUUUACCCCCCUACACCCACCGUGGUCAGCCCCUGCCUCAAAUGAUGGUGAGGGCUGGAGCCCAGAGCCUCCGCCUCCACCUCCACCUCCACCUCUGCCCCCUGAGUCCUCCCUCAUCAGCCUGCUUCAUGCCCACUGCCCUGCCCGGACACGGAUCACUGCCUCACGUACGUCUGUGGUCUGUCAUUUCUGUGGCCGACCUCCUCUUGGUGCCUCCUCAGUGUAAUCUGUCGUCUUCUGUCUCUGCAGGUUGUUUCUGCCGCCUCGUCCCCUCGACGGGCUUUAAGCAGCUUGAUGAGCACAAACUUGGUCCACAGUAGCAUCUUUACUGACCCACCAUGCUUCAACAAGUUUCAGACUGUAGCUAAACUUGUGAAGAGCUCUUUCUAACAUGAACUGAGGACAGACGUCUUUUUAAUGCUGAGGAACUUGUUUGUAAUAGUCUGACCUGUGAGCGGACUCUGAGGUCAGGACUGACAGAUUCUGCAAUAUGUCUGAAUGUUUGAAGAGGACGUGCAGCUGUCUCCACGUGUUCAUGCAUGCUGAGACAAAGUGAGGCACGUCGGGGCUGUCGCUGUGUCCGCAGCUGAGCCGAGCUCCACCCUGAUGUCUCCAUCAUGUCUGAGGUCAGCUUGUCGUGGAUAUUGAUCAGCAUUACACAGCUACAGCUCCGUCGUACCAGGAGGGGGCGUGGCGGCGUCCUCCGCCCGUGUGGAGGUUUGCUUCAGCCUGACAUGAACGAGUUAACGGAUGACCUUUUAAUGCCAAGGAUGUGGGAGCUGUACAGAUAUUUAUCACACUGUCUCGUGUGUGUCGAUCAUUUACAGAGCGUCAGGUCUUUGUUUCACUUCACGUGCUCAAAAAUUCAGUUCUGGAUGUUUUUCACUGUCUGAUGUAAAUAAUAUCUUUUAUUUUUGUAUGUUGACACGACGUGUCACCACUCGAGCUUUGACAUUAUUUACAGUGCAAUGUGGUGCAUGACUCCCUGCGAGAGUGCACACAGGGUUUUCUAUGUAGCUGGACAUGAACAUGAAAUACCAAAUAAACCAAAAACUGCUUCAGUA